AUGGCUGCUCCAACCGCCAUAGGGACACGAGGAACUAUUGGAUCACUUGUACGUAAAGAGAUCGAGUUCUUCAAAAACUUAAAUGCAUGUCCCCAGCUCGAUGCACGAAGAGGCAAUUCCAAAGAAAACACCAACAGGUUUCAACAAAGGGAUCGAUCAUCACGGCUGAGUUCUUGGUUCUCAGGAACUAAUUGGAGAAAGAAGAAGCGGCAGAGUCGUGGUGGCAGUGGCAGGUAUUUACCGAGUAUGUGCUCGGCGGUGGAGGUUUCCGGUGAGAACCGAGUUCCGGGUUUCAACUAUAGGAUCUUGAUGAAGAGUGAUGCGAAGGGCUUGCAUGUCUAG